AUGGCUUCUUGCGUCUCGCUCUGCUUCAUCCUUUUAUCGAUUAUCAGCACAGGUUAGCUGUUUUCUGUUGCUCGAAUAAAAAAUCAUUUGGUUAGAGUGAAAGUCUCACAAACUCGUUGAUACCAACUUGACUUUCUCCUAAGCGAACCUAAUUAUGUCCUCGUCAGCACAGGUGACUGUAACAAAUGAUUCACGAAGCCAAUUAGUAUACCUGAAAGUGAAAAAAACUUUUUUUUUUAACAAAAAAAUCUUACGUGAAAAAUUUUCCAAACUGGUGAGCUCGGCAUGGACAUGAGGUCUUUCCAAAUUGGAGAAGUUGGUGAACCUUUCAGGUCCCGAAAUUCUUUUGACAUUUUUUUAAAUCCAAUUGUCCAUGCUUUCUGAGAUAGAUUUUCAUCUCUGCUUAUCGAUUUUUCCAUUUUCAAACUUCAUACUGCGUUGUUAGAACUCUGCGUUUUUUUAAUACUGUUUUCGGGAGUGAUCGGAAAAACUUUUUUUUUGAUCAUUUCUGAUUUAGAUAUCUCUCGAAGAGAAAAUAGUUUUCUCUGAUAUAGAAAAGAAUUUAAGUGACGGCCGACGUGAUGCAGAUGGUGGACAACGACUGGAUGGACAAGUUCGUGCCACGCUCUUACAAGAGGAACAACGAAGACGCCGAGGACGUCGGAAAAGAAAACAACUUCGGCUACAGCGAGCAGGGAAUGAAGGACCUGGACGAGGUGAUUCUUGGCAUCCUUCGAUUCGGUUUGAGUGCAGGUUAAGCUGCAUCGAGCAGCGACGGUUCACAUCUAAAGAGUGACACUAAUCGCCCUCAAGUCGGUCGAUUGAAUUGCAGGUGGGCGGCUUGGUCGGAGGUGGUGACUCCGAACUGCUCGGCAUUCUCCGUCCCUAUUACUCCAUGGUCGAAAUGUCGGCCAACGGAAACAAGCAGGUCGGUAGCCUUAAUGAUACGCUCUGAACCUUAAAGAUUUCCGAAAAAACACUCAAAAGGGAGGUCAAUCUAUUCAAAACUUUGGCAUUAUAUCAAAGCUGAUCAAAAAUAUUUUUAUUGUGCUAGAUAGAGUUUCUUAUAGUCUGAGCUUGCGAAACUUUGUAAAAGAACGGAAAUUUCUAAUUUCUAAUUUAUUGCUCAGCCCAGCUGUCCAGUGUUUCAACCGGUUUUAAGAGAAACUUAAAAAAGUUAAAUAAACUUUUUCGUAUUAUUCAAUUGAGCUCUUCUUGAUUGUUUACUUUUACCUAAAUGAGAAACUAGAUUUAUAUACAUCUUUACAAAUUCGUUUUCAGAUAUACCCGUCUUUUUUGUUUGUUUUUCGCCUUUCGAGAAGUCAAUUUUGCAGGGAAUGGGUCAAUAUCUGCACGUACUGCCGGACUCUUCAGAAGGCGACACCCCAAUCUAUUCCGUCGGCGGCUCAUUCUACGGGGGCGUCGAGCCCGCCGGCACGAAGCUUGGAUACAUGAACCGCCCAUUCGGACGAUAG